GUAGGUGCCGGUGCAAGCUCGCGCCUCACACUGCCUGGCGGAGGGAAGGAGCCGGGGCGCCGGGCGCCGCUCCCCGCUCCCAGCGCCGCCGCCCGAGCCGCCCGCCUCCCGCACCUCCCCGCCGCCCGCAAAGCAUGAGCGAGCCCGCUCUCCGCAGCCGCCUCGGGCGCGAAUGGCAGGCGGUCUCCGCGGAGCAAAAGGUGGCGCCGGUCAGUGGUCCUUUCCAAUGACGGACAUUAACCAGACUGUCAAAUCCUGGGGAGUCGCGAGCCCCGAGUUUGGAGUUUUUUUUUUUUUUUUUUUUUUCCCCACAACGUCACAGUCCGAACUGCAGAGGGAAAGGACAGCGGCAGGAAGGCGAAGCCCCGGCUCCCGCACGCAGUUGGGAAACUUGCGGGUCCUAGAAGUCGCCUCCCCGCCUCGCCGGCCGCCCUUGCAGCCCCGAGCGGAGCAGCAAAGUGAGACAUUGUGCGCCUGCCAGAUCCGCCGGCCGCGGACCGGGGCUGCCUCGGAAACACAGAGGGGUCUUCUCUCGCCCUGCAUAUAAUUAGCCUGCACACAAAGGGAGCAGCUGAAUGGAGGUUGUCACUCUCUGGAAUAGGAUUUCUGACCGAGCGCUUCCAAUGGACAUUCUCCAGCCUCUCUGGAAAGAUUCUCGCUAAUGGAUUUCCUGCUGCUCGGUCUCUGUCUAUACUGGCUGCUGAGGAGGCCCUCGGGGGUGGUCUUGUGUUUGCUGGGGGCCUGCUUUCAGAUGCUGCCCGCCGCCCCCAGCGGGUGCCCGCAGCUGUGCCGGUGCGAGGGGCGGCUGCUGUACUGCGAGGCGCUCAACCUCACCGAGGCGCCCCACAACCUGUCCGGCCUGCUGGGCUUGUCCCUGCGCUACAACAGCCUCUCGGAGCUGCGCGCCGGCCAGUUCACGGGGUUAAUGCAGCUCACGUGGCUCUAUCUGGAUCACAAUCACAUCUGCUCGGUGCAGGGGGACGCCUUUCAGAAACUGCGCCGAGUUAAGGAACUCACACUGAGUUCCAACCAGAUCACCCAACUGGCCAACACCACCUUCCGGCCCAUGCCUAACCUGCGCAGCGUGGACCUCUCGUACAACAAGCUGCAGGCGCUCGCGCCCGAUCUCUUCCACGGGCUGCGGAAGCUCACCACGCUGCACAUGCGGGCCAACGCCAUCCAGUUCGUGCCCGUGCGCAUCUUCCAGGACUGCCGCAGCCUCAAGUUUCUCGACAUCGGAUACAACCAGCUCAAGAGUCUGGCGCGCAACUCUUUCGCCGGCUUGUUCAAGCUCACCGAGCUGCACCUGGAGCACAACGACUUGGUCAAGGUGAACUUCGCCCACUUCCCCCGCCUCAUCUCCCUGCACUCGCUCUGCCUGAGGAGGAACAAGGUGGCCGUUGUGGUCAGCUCGCUGGACUGGGUGUGGAACCUGGAGAAAAUGGACCUGUCGGGCAACGAGAUCGAGUACAUGGAGCCCCAUGUGUUCGAGACCGUGCCACACCUCCAGUCCCUGCAGCUGGACUCCAAUCGUCUCACUUACAUCGAGCCCCGUAUCCUCAACUCCUGGAAGUCGCUGACGAGCGUCACCCUGGCCGGGAACCUCUGGGACUGUGGGCGCAACGUGUGCGCCCUGGCCUCGUGGCUCAGCAACUUCCAGGGGCGCUACGAUGGCAACUUGCAGUGCGCCAGCCCCGAGUACGCACAGGGCGAGGACGUCCUGGACGCCGUGUACGCUUUCCACCUGUGCGAGGAGGGGGCCGAGCCCACCAGCGGCCACCUGCUCUCCGUCGUCACCAACCGCAGCGACCUGGGAUCCCCCGCCGGCCCGGCCACCACUCCCGCUGACGGCAGGGAGGGGCAGCCCGACAGCACGCCUGAGCUGGCUACCGUGGCCCUCCCCGGCGGCGAACACGCCGAGAACGCUGUGCAGAUUCACAAGGUGGUCACCGGCACCAUGGCCCUCAUUUUCUCCUUCCUCAUCGUGGUCCUGGUGCUCUAUGUCUCUUGGAAGUGCUUCCCAGCCAGUCUCAGGCAGCUCAGACAGUGCUUUGUGACGCAGCGCAGGAAGCAAAAGCAGAAACAGACCAUGCAUCAGAUGGCUGCCAUGUCUGCCCAGGAAUACUACGUUGAUUACAAACCGAACCACAUUGAGGGAGCCCUGGUCAUCAUCAACGAGUAUGGCUCGUGUACCUGCCACCAGCAGCCCGCGAGGGAAUGCGAGGUGUGAUUGUCUCAGUGGCUCCCAACCCGUGCGCUACCAAAUAUGCCUGGACAGCCGGGGCGGGCCGGCAAGCGCCAGGCUGGGGUCUCCUGUCUGUGCUCUGAUAUGCUCCUUGACUGAAACUGUAAGGGGAUCUCUCCCAGAGACUUGACAUUUUAGCUUUAUUGUGUCUUAAAUACAAAAACGAGAUAAAACACAACAAAAUCCCACCCCACAACCUUCAGGACAGUCUAUCUUAAAUUUCAUAUGAGAACUCCUUCCUCCCUUUGAAGAUCUGUCCAUAUUCAGGAAUCUGAGAGUGUAAAAAGGUACCAAUCAUUGAUUUUUUUUUUGUAAACUUAAAAUGUUUAAAAUAAAAUAGCAUUUACAGUUUUUA